GAGUCCAAGAGGAGCAACACACUCCCAGUAUUGAUGCUAUCAAUGAUAGUGCAAUCAGUCGAAGCAAUUAUACCACCUGUCUAUUGAUCAUGAGACUUGAAACAUAGCUAUGGCAGGUCCCAGUGUCCAUGGGGAUUUUCUACGACAUGCCGUCCUCGAGACCGUGGUUCCCCAUAAUCCAAAUGUCGACAUUGAGGCAGCUUUAACGUCUGCGCUCGAAGGCGGCGCUGGAGAUCUGGAUUCUGUUCUAGCCGCGAUCCCAAAGCGCUCGUUACUGUUUUUCGAUGAGGCCAUUACGGUGCGCGUCGUACUGAGGUUAUCGAACUGCUCCGAGAAUGCAUUGAAAGCCCAUCUUCCCAGGUUAGAGCUUGGUGUGAAUGCGCUUGUAUACAGUCCGUCGGGGCCCGGUCCAGAAGAUCCAGCUCCGGCAAAGGAUGUGGUAUUUGUGGGAAAUGUGAAUAACAAGGAAGACCCAUUAGUUGUUGUCAAUGUGUUCGAAGGAGACGAAGGGAGUGGAAACCACGUUUACGUUAUAUGGAAAGUCGAUGCGUUCCUUCAUCGUCCCCGAAUACGCAUACAACAUCCAUGCAUUGCAUUCUCAGCCGCGGCGUCGUUGAAUGCAGCGGAUACCUCCGAUCAGUCGUUUCAUACCGACGAAUAUCUUCCACGUACUGUUCCAGCCUCAGCAAAUGUCUUACAGGCACUCUCCUCGGAUCCCGCCCUCAAAUCGACCACCCCCUACCUUCCUGCAUCCCGACUACUACGAGUUAUUCCUGCUGCACAGAAGGAAGCGCCUAUUUACAACUUAUGGCAACAAAGUCAACAUCCUAUACGCAUUGUACCAGCGGCAAGCGCACGGAUACGUUGCUCUAAACUGAACACGUUCUCCAGUCGACCGAUCACGAUUGCCAGUCUCGAUCUGGAGGUGACACCAUUUUUAAGCUGCGACGUUGUCUUUGACAAGGCAGAGAUUAUUCUGUCAGACGGUCAGGUUGAGAAUAUAUCCGGAGCGCCAGAGCUCCAGCCUCCUAUCUCGCUACGGCCCAGAGAUGACGUUACUCUAAUCUAUAAACUUGUUCCUGAAUACGGCCCGGAAGCAUAUUUUUCCACAACAGCCCUUGUCAGUACACUUGAUAUCUCACUCGAAGGGGUCAUCAAGCUCACAGAAGAUUGUCAACCGCGAAUUUUUAUGCAAUGGCGGACGAAUGUAGAUUUUUCUAUUCCGUUGAAUCCUACAUUUGGUGGGCCCAGUCAGGUCAUGCAGCGUAACAACCGUCCUGCAAGCUUGUCCAUGGGUUCCGGACAAAGUGGGACCUCAUCUACAGGCGCAGUGAAUCGCAGUUCCUAUAGAGAACGUGCUCAUUCAUUUACUCAAGGUGGAGUUACCAUCUCGUUUUCCGGCCCCGUUACUGUGGAGAUUGGGAAGCCGUUUCAGUGGGACGUCUUUAUAGUCAACCGCUCCCGUGCUCCUCGGAAGUUUAGUAUGAUGGCAAUUCCUCGAAGAAAACGGGUAGAUUUCCGCCGACAUGUAGCCCGACCAUCCUCAUCCUCCGUGUCCAGCAAAAAAGACAAGAAGGAUGAUGAGCUAGCGGAGGCUGUUACAGAUGAGAAUAUUGUCCAUGCCAUGCAAAAGAAUGCAGCGGGACAAGAUGCAGAAUUGGUUAGUUUGAGCACUGAUUUGCGGCUAGGGCCGCUUCUUCCUGGAACAUGUCAUUCUACCGAAAUUAUUCUCCUCCCCCUAGCGACGGGCGCACUGCAUUUGGAGGCAGUUAGGCUGGUGGACAUGAACUCAAACGAGACGAUAGACAUUAGGGACCUUCCCGACAUUGUGGCUCUGAAAUAG